GCGCGGGCGGGACGCUCGGCGAGCAGCACCGCGAGGCGACGGGAGCGGCGGCGGGUCCAGGAAACCCCUGGGCCGGACGGGUGGCCCCGGGGGGGCCGGGGGCGGGGAGGCGGGCGACCGGCACCGCCCCGGCCGACAAAAGUCCCCUUCAGUUCAGCCGGCGGCAGGGGAAGUCCCGGCGCUCGGCGCAGCCACCCUCCCGUGCAGCCGAGCCGAGCCGCGCUCCGGCCGCCUGCUCGGCCGCCGUCUCCGGCGGCCCCAUGCCCCGAUGCCCCGCGGGGGCCAUGGACGAGGGGCCCGUGGACCUGCGCACCCGGCCCAAGGCCGCCGGGCCCCGCGGCGCCGCGCUGCCGCUCCGCAAGCGCCCGCUGCGCGCACCCUCCCCGGAACCCGGCCCCCGCGGUGCCACGGGCCCCGUGGUCCCCCCGGAUCCCCUAGGCGGCAGCUCCGACUCCCCGGCGGUCCCCGCGGCCCCCCACGGACUGGCCCGACCAGAGGCGCUUUACUACCAGGGACCUUUACUGCCCAUAUACCCCACCCCGACUAUGGGCUCACUCUUUCCUCUCCUGAACCUGCCUACACCCCUGUACCCCAUGGUAUGCUCCGUGGAACACCCCUUGUCGGCUGACAUCGCCGUGGCCACCCGUGCAGAUGAGGACGGAGACACGCCACUCCACAUCGCUGUGGUCCAGGGCAAUCUGGCAGCCGUGCACCGCCUGGUCAGCCUCUUCCAGCAUGGGGGCCGGGAGCUGGAUAUCUACAACAACCUGCGGCAGACACCGCUACACCUGGCUGUGAUCACCACAUUGCCAUCUGUGGUCCGGCUGCUAGUGAUGGCUGGUGCCAGCCCCAUGGCACUGGACCGCCAUGGCCAGACGGCGGCCCACCUGGCGUGUGAGCACCGCAGCCCGACCUGCUUGCGGGCCCUGCUGGACAGUGCAGCCCCGGGCACUGUGGAUCUGGAGGCCCGCAAUUACGACGGGCUCACCGCCCUGCACGUGGCCGUGAACAUGGAGUGCCCCGAAGCCGUUCUGCUCUUGCUGGAGCGGGGUGCGGACAUCGAUGCGGUGGACAUUAAAAGCGGCCGCUCCCCGCUCAUCCACGCAGUGGAAAACAACAGCCUUAGUAUGGUGCAGCUGCUGCUGCAGCAUGGCGCCAACGUGAACGCUCAGAUGUACUCGGGCAGCUCGGCGCUGCACUCGGCGUCCGGUCGCGGGCUCCUCCCGCUUGUGCGCACGCUGGUCCGCAGCGGCGCGGACAGCGGCCUCAAGAACUGCCACAACGACACGCCGCUCAUGGUGGCGCGCAGCCGCCGGGUCGUCGACAUCCUGAGGGGGAAGGCGACCCGGCCUGCUCCGGCAUCACAGCCAGAGCCCUCGCCAGAGCGCAGUGGCACCACCUCCCCUGAGAGCAGCAGCCUCCUCAGCUCUAACGGUCUCCUUUCUGCGUCACCCUCCUCGUCACCUUCCCAGUCUCCCCCCAAGGAUCCACCUGGAUUCCCCAUGGCUCCCCCCAGUUUCUUCCUUCCUCCCUCAUCUCCGCCUGGCUUCCUGCCCUUCGCUGGGGUCCUCCGAGCCCCUGGCCGGCCGGUGCCCCCCUCCCCAGCUCCAGGAGGCAGCUGAGAGGGAUGGGGGGGGCAGAUCUCAGACUCAUGCGGGGGGUACCUCCCUGCCCUGCGGGGCCAACCCUCCUAGAAACUGUGAAGACCUCACUCUGCCUCCCCCCCCCUCCAGGACCAGGAUUUGCACAGAGGCACAAGCAUCUACCCGUAAGCCCCCUCUUCUGAGCAGAUAUUCUCCCGCCGUGUGGCCCACCCGGGACUCUCACCCCUGUUAUUCAGGCACCAGUCCCCUGUCUGGAAUUCCACCCAGAUUCCUUCUCCCCCAGAACUGGUUUGGAACCAGGGAAUAGUCACUCCUCUCACACCCCCCAACUCCACCAAGAUGGAUGAGUGGGGGAGAUGGGCUGUAGCCAGGCACUGAUAACAAAUGUAAAUUAUUAGGCAUUUUGGUUGGAUUUCUUUUGUAAUAAACUAUUUUUGUACCAUA